AAAACACAUUCCAAUAAAAGAUUCCCACGUAUAAUAAUUUUGAGGGCAAACAUCUGGUUCCUGGCGCCGCACCGUUUACCUAAAACCUCGAGGGUUUUACCAUUGCAAAGAAUAAUAAUUUCAAAGGAAUCCAAGAGAACCAAUCUCUGAGUCCCAUAAACAAAAGGGUUGUAGCGAUGGCUUUCUUAAGUAAAAUCGGGGGUAUACUUAAGCAGACUGUAAGUAUGCAGCUCAAUGCUCGGUUGUCCGAGUCAAGACCAGGCCUCUUUCAAGUGUUCAGAAGCAUGUCCAGCGACCCGAGCUCGAAACUUUUUGUAGGAGGUAUCUCAUUCCAAAUGGAUGACCAAAGUCUAAACGAAGCAUUUAGCAAAUAUGGUGAAGUUGUUGAAGCAAGAGUUAUUGUGGAUCGAGAAACAGGAAGGUCGAGAGGAUUUGGAUUUAUCACUUACACCAGCACCGAGGAUGCGUCCAGUGCACUACAGGCUUUGGAUGGACAGAUUCUCCAUGGCCGUCAAGUAAGAGUAGACUAUGCAAAUGACAGACCUCGUCGUAACUUUGGAGGUGCUGGCGGCUAUGGUGGUGGUGGUGGAUAUGGAGGUGGCGGCUAUGGCAGAAAUGAUGGAAGUAACAUUGGAUACAGUAACAGUGGUAACUAUGGAGGCCAAGGAAGCUAUGGUGGGGAUAACUAUGGCACUGGUGGUGGUGUUGGCUAUGGAAGUAACUUCGGUCAAUCCACCAAUUACGACAAUGGGAGUUUCGAAGUUGCUGGUGGUGGCAGUGAUGGUUUUGCGGCUGGUGGUGAAAAUGUGGGAUUUGGGGGUGGUGAUCAACUCGGUAGUGCCGAAGAUAGCUACAAAGAGGAAACCGCAGGUUUUGGCCUAAACGAUCCACCGAGUGACAACUUCCGGGAUGAUGAGGACAGGAAUGGUGACUUGUCCAAAAGGGUAUGAAAUAACUCAUUUCAAUUUGAUUUGGGGAUAAUAGUUGGAUUGUUUUGGUUGAAGUUCUCGAACACUCUCUUUUAACUAAUUGUUAUGUCUUAGUGAUUCAUGCGCCUGAGUGAGUCCCUGUAAAACCUUUUUUCAGACAGAGAAAACUGAAUAUUCAAAAUUGAAGUGCCUAUUGGGGUAUUUUUGUUGCGUCGUAACUAUGUUUAUAAUUCAAUUAGUAGGUUUUGGUUUCA